AUGGGUUUAGUGAUUGGAGUGGACUUUGGGUCAGCUUACUUGCGAGGCGCUGUAAAAAAACCUGACGGUUAUGGCGCUUUCUACGAGAUGCCAUCUGCCAUUGGGGUGCGAAAGCGAAACUGGUUGUGUGGCUACAGCGCUGUACUGUACGCGGCAUCGAAGCCUCAUCAAGUCAUUUUCAACCUCAAGCAGUUUAAGAACCCCAAGUUUUUGGAGACAGUGAAGGAGACUGAUUUCCCGCAUUCCAUUAGCAACGGUCCCGAAGGCUUGAGCAUUCCCUUGACUUUGGGCAAAUCAGUGCGCGAAUGGACCAUCCCGGAACUUGAAGCGCGUCUGUUAGGCGCAGUGACGCAAACGGCGAAGAACCUCUACAAAACGCCUGCAACUGACGCUGUAAUUGCUGUUCCCGAUAACGCUUCUGACGAAGAAAUCGAGUCUAUUGUUAGAUCCGCUAUGCUGUGUGAUCUCAACGUGAAGCCUAUGCGCGAGCUGGUGCUUGCUGUCAUUGCUAAAGGAUUGGAUAAGGGCCUUGGCGAUCGGCUUGUGGCCGUGGUCCACGUUGGGCAAUCGCUCACGAUGUCGCUUGUGCGAAUCAAGGAUCGCGACAUGUACGUCGAGAAAGUCGUCUUGCACGAUGAGAAAUUAUGUGGCAAUGAUGUGGAUGAACGCUUGCUCGAAUUUCUCGCUCCCGGUGUGAAGACGGCAAUUUGGGACCCUUUGGAAAAGGAUGAAAAAAAGAAGAUGAGUGUGGAGCAGCUCCAAAGCCACAAGCACGUUGUUCGGCGGAGACUAUUGAACACUUUGAACAGUGGGAAAAAGAAGUUCGAAUCAAAAGAUUCCCACAAAGUUCAAGUGACGCUUGAAGGACAAAAGUUCAAAACUUUUCUUUUGAGCUCAAAGUAUAAGGAAGUUUGUCAAAACGCGACCAGAUGUAUCAUUGAGAAGGUGAACGAACAGUUUGAAGACGAAAACCUGACCACCGGUGACAAGCACAAGAAGCUGGACCUCUUUGCUGCUGUGAUCGUUGGUGGGCUCUUCAACAACCCCGUCGUGAAGGAAUCGCUCUUGGACUGCUUCAGAGACGUCCCAACGCUUUACGACAGAAUCCCAGAGCAGACAAUCGCGCUCGGCGGCGCGAUGCACGGUGAAAAAAUCACUGAUGGUGGUACUAUCCCCAUCCCCCCCUUUCCCUUUUCCGCACCCGACGAAGGCAGCUCAGUCUAG